AUGGAGGCUCGUUUGGUGAUAGAAAUUGGUGUAACUUUUGUGAAGCAACUCGAGAUCACAUAUAAUAGCGAUAUAUUAAUUGGAAUGCAUGGAAGUGGCCUUACUCACCUUCUUUUUUUGCCUGACUGGGCGACAGUUUUUGAAAUUUAUAAUUGCGACGAUGCGUUGUGCUAUUCCGAUUUGGCUCGUUUAAGAGGAAUUAAAUAUUUCACUUGGAAAAAUCUCGAGAAAAUUCAGCAAGUUGGCCGUGGUGUUAGUCCAAAUACGAAUAAUGAAAAUAAAAAAUUCGCGAAUUAUCGCUUUGAUCGUACUGAAUUUCGGCGUUUAAUAAAUCAAGUUUGA